AUGCUAGUGUUUUUGCCGUUGAACAAUCCUAAAGUUCGUGAUCAUUUAAUUCGAGAAAAAAGUAUAAAACUAACAAAGAAAUGCACUGCGAGUGUCACGAAGCGUUAUGCACGACUUGUUUUUACUGUCAGUAGUCCCAUCCUAUACCUAUUGAAACAAUUAAAAAGUAAAGCCUUUACUUCUAAUUCGGCCUAUAGAAUGAAAAUUAAGACAGAAAAAACAUCGGGCGUAACAUCCGGAAAUAAAAAACGUAAAGCAACUGUGACUGAUGUCAAUGAUAUAGAACCAAUAAAAAAGAAAAAAGUUCGUUUUUCCGAUACAAGUAAUGGAUCGAUAACAGCAUUGUCUUCAUUACCAAAGAAGAAAAAGAAAACAGAAUCGUCACCAUUAGAAGAAAUCAAGAAAAAAAAGAAAAAACUAAAUGGAAGCACAAAAACGGAUGCUCCACUCGAUUUUGAUCAAUUAUCGUCAUCGUUAAAAUCACGUGCUGAUGAAAAAAUCACUCAAGUUCAAGCUAAAAAACAGCUGAUUAAAAGUAAAGAAUCGCGACGUGAACUCCUUGACAAUGUAAAACAGAUUAAAAAACAAUUAAAAACAAAACAAAAACAAAUGGAAGUAAGACAACUAAGAAAAAAGAAAAAACAUAUUAACAUUGUACAAGAUAAAGACUCGACAACAUUUCGUGAACGUUUAAAAGAACGACAAAAAUUGAGACGCGGUCCAUUGUAUGAUAUGGCUGAACGAUCAAAAAAGAUUUGGGAAUUAUUAAGAAAAGAAGACACAACAACUGAAACAAAACAAAAAUUAUGUGCAGAAUUAAUGAAAUUAAUUGAAGGGAAUGUUAAAUUUUUAUCAAUGGCACACGAUACAACACGAGUAUUAGAAUGUCUCGUACAAUUUGGAAAUGAACAACAAAAAUCCUAUAUAUUUGAACAAAUUAAAAAUGAUAUACCUCUAAUGUCAAAAUCGCUUUAUGCACAUCAUUUAAUCAUUAAAUUAUUAACUUAUGGAACUGUUGAACAAAAACAACAUAUAGUGAAAUCUUUUUAUCGUCAUGUUUGUAAAUUGGCGAGACAUACAAUUGGUUGUCGUGUAUUAGAACAUUGUUACAAUGAUGUAUGUUCAGCAUUUGAACGAUUUCAACUUGUACAAGAAUUUUAUGGAAGAGAAUAUUGUAUUGUUAAGGCAACUGAUGAAAAGAAUAUUGAACAAUUAUUUGAGAAGAAAAAUGAAAUUCAACGAGCAUCCAUUUUAGAACAUCUCAAAGAAUAUAUAACACCAUGUGUUGAAAAAGAUUUAUUGAAUGGUUCAAUUAUUCAUCGAGUUUUGCAUGAAUAUAUGAGAUUUGCAAAUGAAAGUGGAAGAACAGAAAUGAUCGAUAACGUGAAAGAAAGACUAAUCAAAAUGAUACACAGUCGCGAUGGUGGACGUGUAGCAAUGUAUUGUGUUUGGUAUGGAACGGUUAAAGAUCGUAAAUUAUUGAUAAAAAGUUUGAAAACAUUUGUUGUUAAAAUUGCUAAAGAAGAACAUGGUUAUCCGUUUUUAUUAGCUAUAUUUGAUUGCGUGGAUGAUACAAAACUAGUUAGCAAGAUUAUUUUACAAGAAUUAAUGUCGAAUUUUGAUGAAUUAAUUGACGAUCCACAUGGGAAAAAAGUUUUGAUGUAUUUAGUAUCACCACGAAAUACGAGACAUUUUAAUUAUGAUUUAAUUAAAUUACUAAAAACAGCCGAUACAUUAACGACAAGUAAAAAAGAUGCUGUGAUUCGUCAACAAGAAUUGUUUGACUAUUGUAAGAAAUUUUAUUUGAAUUAUUAUCCGAAAAAUAUGUUUACAUGUUUGAAAGAUGGCUAUAAAGGAUUGAUGAUGGCUGAAACAUUAGAAAAAGUAAAUGAUGAUAUGACUUUAUUUUAUAAGUCGUUAAGUGAAACAUUACAAAAUUCAUCAAUGGAAGCAAAUAAUGAACAAAAUCUAAUUGAACAUCAUGUAGCCCAUAAUGUAUUAAGACAAUUAAUUACAGCGGAUGAAAAACGAACACGAAAUACCGGAAAUACAUCUCUGAUAUCAUCUAUCUUGGACAAUGUCUCUUCUGAUACACUUCAUUCAUGGGUAUUGUGUAAUCGUGGAUGUUUUAUUUUUGUUAUGAUGCUUGAACAUGGUGUUAAAAAUGAAACAGAACAUCUUCGUGAAUUACUUCAACCUACUCUUGAUACAAUUAAACGACAAUCAUUUGCUGGAGCGAAAGUUCUUAUGGAAAAAUUAACAACAACAACUAAAAAUUCGAUUGUUACAGAAAAAAAUCAAUAA